UUUCUAUACGCUGUGAAUAACACAAAUUAAAAAUGUUGAGUGAAGUGAUAUUCAAGUUAUUGGUUAAUUUUAUUAUUUUUUCAUCAAUCACAAUAUUUGUCUGGUUGGUAAUAAAAAUAUUUAAUCAUAAAAAUUAUUGGUACUCACAAAAAAUACCUUACAUCAAGGGAAAUUUGCCGGUAAUUGGAAACAUGUGGUCAUUGAUAACAAGACAAGAAAGCUUUGUUACAAUGUAUGAAAAGUUUUAUCGCACUCAUCCAGAACAAAGUAUGAUUGGAUUUUAUAAUUUUCAAAAACCAUGUCUUCUUAUACGUGAUCCAGAACUGAUAAAAAUUGUUAUGCACACUGAAUUUACAAGUUUUGACAAAAAUAUAUCAAGUCUCGAUCGUAAGCUGGAUCCAUUGCUCAGUUCAAAUCCAUUUUUUACUUUCGGCGAUGAGUGGAAAAUUCAUAGGAAAAUCAUGAACAAUGGAUUGAGCAAUAAAAGAUUAAAAUUAAUUGCUCAACAAAUUUCAAAUAUUAGUAAAAAAUUUAGUAACUAUCUAAAUGAUAAUAUAAAAGAUGAAAUUGUCGUUGAAGCAGUAGAUUUUUUUUCUAGCUUUACUGCUGAAGUAACAGCAACUUGUGGAUUUGGAAUUGAUGGAAAAUCAUUUGACAAAAAAAAUUCAAAGAAUUUUAAAAAUGUAGUUAAAAAAUUAAUUGAACCAAAUUCAACUCAAGUUAUGAGUGAACUUAUUGGUUUAUUUUUUCCUGUACUAAGAAAAUUAUUUCAAAUUAAAUUUAUACCUCAUGAUAUUGAUGGGUAUUUUCGUGAAAUAAUUCAUGAUGUAAUUGAGGCAAGAAAAAUAUCACCAUUAAUUGAAAAUGAUUAUCUUCAACAAGCCAUUGAAUUUUACAAUUCAGAAAAUGAAAUAGUUGGACAUGCUGCAUCAUUUUUUUUAAAUGGACAUUUAACAUCAAGCUUUGCAAUUGCUUUUACUGUUCUUCAAAUAGCAUCUCAUCAAAAAGUCCAAGACAAACUUCGUCAAGAGGCAAAGCUAGUUUUACAAAAGCACGGUGGAGAAAUGAAUUAUGAAUGUCUACAGGAACUCAAGUAUUUCGAUAAAGUAAUCAAUGAAUCCAUUAGACUUUUUCCACCACUUGGAUUUCUCGGCAAGGUAUGUACCCAAGAGUACAAUCUCACUGGUAGUGAUGGUCUUCAUGUUUGUGUUAAACCUGGAACAGACAUCAUAAUAUCUGUUCUUGGUUUACAUCGUGAUCCACAUCACUGGACAAAUCCAAAUGACUUUAAUCCUGAUCGUUUCAACAACGAGGAUAAAUAUCAUCACAAAUAUUCUCAUCUUGGUUUUGGAGCUGGAUCACGUAUAUGUGUUGGCAUGAGAGUUGCUAUGUUACAGAUAAAAGCAUCAUUAGCCACCUUGUUAAUACACUGUUCUCUUGAAAUUGAUUCAAAAACUAAAAUCCCGGUUACAGUCAGUCCAAUGUCAAGCUUGUUUACGUUCACCGAUGGUGGAAUUUGGAUUCGUAUCAAGGCAUUGAAACAAUAACCAUUACUUUUAAUCAACAAGUUUUUUUUUAAAUUUUUAAAUGUUAAAAAUAAUAAAUAAAAAAAAAUAUAUACUAUCUUUAGUGUGUCAAUUAUCGGAUUGCUUUUGAUUUAAUCAAUAAAAUGAAAACUUUUGAAAUGAGUCACGCAUAUCACUGUAAUAAUUUACUUGAACUAAUUACGAAAAUGCUGGGGAAUAAUGGCAAUAGAUGAUUUAAUGCGCUGAAAAUUUUCCAAUAAUUGUACACGUAUAUGACAGCAUGUCUAGGGGCUUAAUUCAUAAAGUGACAGCUGGCAGUCACUCAUCCUCGUCAAUUGUUUUUCUCAUUUGAUUUGAGCCUCGAUGAGCUAGCUUUUCAUUUUAAUCAAUUUCAAAUUAUUCACUAAAUAAUUUUGUUAAAAAAAAGUGACACUGUAAUUAACAAUAAAGCUUUGUGGUAUUUUAUUUUAUUUUAUUUAUUUUUUUUUGUGUAGUUUAAAUAUCGCAUUAGCAAUAAAUCUUUUUAUGAAAACAUGGUCAAGAGCAUAAAGAAGAAUUACGAAUAGGCGUAUAUUCGUUGAACAAAUAUAACAAUAUGUAAGCUGAGAA